CAGAGAUGUCUGCUCAGCCCAGAUAUUAAACUUGAAACACUGAAGGAAGAUAUAAGAGAUUUUUUGAAGUCCUCUGGUUGGGAGAAAAAACUUCAAAAUGCCGUAUACCGUGAACUUACUGUACUUCCAGCUCCUUGUCACCCAGCAGCACCAGCUGAACACAUUAAGGAACCUCUGGCCUACAUGAGAAGGGCUCAGGCAAGCUGGGAGAAAAGAGUACUGAAAAGUUUGAACAGUAUGUGCACAGAGCUGAAUAUUCCCCUUGCACGUAAGAGGCCAGUUGAAGAGCAAAAAGAGUUACUUAAUAAAUGGAAUGAAAUGGGAACGGAUGAACCAGACUUAAACCUUUUUAGACCUGUGUAUGCACCUAAGGACUUUCUUGAGGUGCUUAUUAAUCUUCGUAAUCCUAACUAUGAUACUGAUCAGACAAGUUUUAGGGCUCAACUUGGCCUGAUUCAGGUCCCAUUAAAAACUAAAGACAUCCCGGAACUGAGAGAAUUCUUUGGGGAACUUAACUUAAACACAGGUCAGCUAGGAGUGGAUGACUCUACGCCAGUCCCACCAGUCCUAGAAGAACAUGACAGUGCUGCAGCUCAGCAGUAUGUGCGCCAAGGAUGCUCAACAGCCCUCCGUGCUGAAUUAUGGGCACUCAUUCUGAACAUCUCAGACCAACCAGAGGUAAGAAAGAAAGCAUCCAGUCUGUGAAAGGCAAGAAUGAACUUGAAAGGGGCUUUAUCUGCAAAGAU